AAGCCACGGUGAAUGUGUUUGACUUGACACAGGGGUCGACCGGCCGAAGUCAACGGGACUGGAGAACGACCAUAAGGGGAAGACUUUAACCGCCGCUACCGCCUCUCACCUACGGUCCGGUGUUAAACGGAUACUUUAACAAAACAACACACCGGUUUCUCGUGGAUUUUCCGUGUUUUAACGGCUGUGGACCGAGUCGUUACUUUCUCCUCUCAGCGGUGUUUACGGUGUUCGUUACCCCGCGGCUGGCGGUUAGCAUCGGUUACUGCUGCCAAACAUGGUGGCCUGUCGGCGAGAAGGUAGCAACGAGCCCAUUUUGGGGAUUUUGGAGGAUUUUUAAAGCCGCUUGGACAUGUCCCAAUGUGAGACAACACCGCUCUGAACACACGUUACUGUCCUACUUUUCUUUUUUUUUAUUCGGAGGUUUGUGGACUUUACGUUGAAAAAAACAGCAGCAACGGACCAACGGACCAGCACCGUCCGUGUUUUGUGGACCGUGGAUAAUCGUAGUUAAGUUAGUUUUCUUCAAAAGUAAACACCAGGUCGCCUCGAAGUUUUUUUUAAAAAGUUGCUAAACACCAUGCACUUUUCCAACUAGGAAAAACACGUCAACUAAACCUAGCAACACGGCGUUGUUUUCGCGACCGUUGUGUUUAUUUUACGGAUGACUUGACCCUCGUGUUAAUGAAUUGACGCACAAGUGGAGCCUACUGCAAGUAUUUUAUCCUCUCUUUUUUCUUUUAACAGUUCCCCCCCAUUCGAGGUUUGAUUCCGUGUUAAUCUGUGGAUUAUUAUGGGUUAUUAUGGCUUAAUCCGACCCGCAUCAGACCGGGACUUUUGGGAAUAACUGCGGAUCCUGAUGGCGGUGAUGGUGAGGAUGACAGAGAAAAGCGAUGGUUUCCCUUCGUUGUGAUUUUGAGUAGAGAGGAGUUCAUUACAUGGAGACUCGCCUGACAUGCCAAGGAAGGAGUUGCCACUACCUGAGGGUUGGGAGGAAGCCAGAGACUUUGAUGGCAAAGUGUACUACGUUGACCACAUCAACCACUGCACCAGCUGGAUCGAUCCCAGAGACAGGCAGACGAAGCCUCUGACGUUUGCUGACUGCAUCGGCGAUGAGCUGCCGAUCGGCUGGGAGGAGGCGUACGACCCGGCCGUCGGACCCUACUAUGUCGACCACAACACCAAGCGCACCCAGCUGGAGGACCCGCGCCAGUGGCAGCGGGAGCAGGAGUCCAUGCUGCGGGACUCGGCCGUGGCCAGCGACGCCUCAGCGCCAGAAGGAGAUCUACCAGUGAAGGUAGCAGCGGUCCGCCUGGCGCAGCAGGAGUACCAGCUCAACGACGCGUGGAGGGACAAGUCAACGUCUCAGACCAGCGUGAGUUCCCGGGGGGGGGGGGGGGGUGGGCAGAGGGAGGAGCCACAUUUUUUGCACUGGCUUUUAAACACAAGCAAGCUGCACAGCUCCCUCAGGUGGCACCCACCACAACUUCCCUUUACCAGCCACAUCACCAGCCUCCGCCUGGGGAUCCGAGGCGUUCCCAAGGUGAACAAACUGAAGCGGGACCUGCCGCCGUAUGAGCAGGAGCUGCAGUACAAAGACAAGGUUCAAACUCUGCCUGCAAAACACCUCCGACUCACGUUUACCGUGUGGUGGAGCCUCACCACAGCCUCAGGCAGAGCAGAUCUGUCAGGGAUUGACCUGAAGGUGUCCAGCAGCCCGUAUGGCUACAAGCUGCAGGAGGCGCAGGCUAUCCUCAGCGAGGUCCGCUCCAUCCGAGACGCCAUCAGCUCCGGGGAGAAGGAGAAACAGGAGCUCAUGCAGAAACUGGCGGUGUUGAAGGACAGUUUCCAGCUGGACUCGGGCUCCCAGCAGGAGCUGUGGGGCAGCAGUCCCUCGCUCGCCAACUCCGAGCUGUCCCUCCCUCGCCUCUACUCGGACGCCGGCUCCCAGACCGACAUCCCCGCCGAGUUCAUGACCAGCACCAACAAACUGGCGGAGAAGGUUCGCCUGAGUCUGAAGUACGAGGAAGCCAAGAGAAGGAUCGCCACCAUCGAGGUGCAGAUCGCCAAACUGGACAGCGAGGCGUGGCCGGGGCUGCUGGACCCGGAACGGGACCGCCUCAUCCUCAUCAACGAGAAGGAGGAGCUGCUGAAGGAGCUGCAGUACGUCGGGCCGCGCCAGCGCCUGCAGCCCAACGACGCCGAGAAGCUGGAGUCGGAGAAGAAGCGCCUGGAGAGAGACCUCCAGGCCGCCAGGGACAACCAGAGCAAGGCCCUGACCGAGAGGCUGCGGCUCCACUGCAAGAGGAACAAGCUGGUGAGAGAGCUGGAGGAGAUGGUUCGACUGGCCACAUCACUACACACUCAACUGAAGAGCCUGUCGGCCAGCACUCUGUCCUGUUCGUCGGGCAGCAGUCGAGGCUCUCUGACGUCCAGCCGCGGCUCGCUGGCCACCACCUCCAGCCUGGGCUCCACCUCCUCCCUCAGCUUCAGCGACAUCUACCUGGAGCAGCCCGAGCUGGCGGACCCGGACUUCCAGAACAAGCUGGACAGCCUCCUGGAGGGCGGCCAGGGAGGCUACCGCCCCUCCAGCUCCAUCACCACCAUACACGAACACGAAGUGGUGACGGCCGCCGAAGGGAGGGACGCCGUGAGGCCCACGGGCAAAGCAGGCGGGGUCGGGGGUUCCACCGGUGGAGGCGCAGGGGAAAGCGGUGGCGUCGGAGUGGAGUCGGGGUCCUCCAGGGUUCCGAUGCUCAGACCGCCGGAGACCCCUCGCUCCAUGAGCUCCCUGUCUCCGCGCUCAUCUCUGUCCUCGCUGUCUCCGCCGUGUUCGCCGCUGGUCACAGACUCUAGUUUCCUGUCGGGGGACACGUUCGCAGGCCAGACGGGACCCGGUGGGUUAGGCCUGGAUCUGGAGCUCCACAGCCGGCUAGCUGAGCUUGAGCUUAGCCUGGACUGUCAGGAGCAGCGGCGGGAGGAACAACGGGGUCCGGCGGGGCUGGGGGAGAAGCAGAACCACAACACAACGUUGGGCGAGGAGGUCAAAGACUCGACCCCCCAGCUGCGGGGGACAGGGGUGGGGCCAAAGAAGAUGGGCGUGACUUCAGCGGUGUCUGACGAGUCGGUGGCUGGCGACAGCGGUGUGUACGAGCCUUCAGAGCGCAGGCCGGCGCUCCCUGCAGACCUCCCGCUGGCCUCCUACGAGGAGAGGUUGGCGCCGGGCUGCUCUCAGGUGCAGCUCGGCUUCCGCUACGAGUCCAGAGACCAGCGCUUCACCCUCUAUGUCAUGCAGCUGUCCAAUUGCAGUGCCCUCUGUCUGCCGGCUGACCAGAAAAUGUACGUGCGUUCGGCAGUGCUGCCCUGUGUGGAAGCCACGCGCUGCCUCUUCCGAACGCGCGGCUCUCUGCCUAAGGACGUCGUGGACGUCAACGAGGUGUUCGGCAUGCAGAUAUCCCACAGUGCAUUGCGGCAGAAAACACUGAGGGUCGACGUCUGCAACACGAGCAAGUCAGGCCACGAAAAGUGUCUGGCGGGAGCCCAGAUCAGCCUGGCUGAUGUCAGCUGUUCGGAGGAGAGAUGCAACAAGUGGUACAACCUGCUGAGUCGCGCCUACAUGCCCGAGAUCAACAACAAGGAGAAAGAGAGCAGAGCAGCCAGCGGCUCCGACAGGAAUCAUGUUUCCAGCAGUGGGGGGGUUGAAGUCCCUGAGAACGAUGAGUGGCGUGACGACCCUCUGGACGUCUUCGACGACGACGAUGAUGAAGAAGGAAAUGACGAGGAGGGGGUGGGGCCUCUGGAGGAAGAGGACGAGUUUUAUCCUGACAGCAGGCGGUGGGAAGCAGAGGAGGAAGAGGAGGAGGAGGAAGAGGAGGGAGAGAAGAUGAUGAAACCUCAGACGACGACAGCAGCAGCACCGGCCAUCACAGAAAAGCUGAACAAGGAGACGAGCAUGGACAACAUGUUGCCGUCCUACCACGGCUCCGCGGUCCGACCCAAGGAACGCCGCCCGGACGUCCACCAGCAGAACCCCUUCAUGAGGGGGAACACCAUCAUCCGCUCCAAGACCUUCUCCCCGGGACCCCAGAGCCAGUACAUCUGCAGGAUCAACCGCAGCGACAGCGACAGCUCCACCCUCUCCAAGAAGUCUCCGUUUGUAAGGAACGCCUCGGAGAGACGCAGCAUGCGCAUGAAGAAGCCUCCGGUGCAGGUUAAAGGUCUGGACGGUCUGCUGCGGACGUCCCUGGACCUGGAGAUGGACCUGCAGGUGUCUCGGACGCGGCAGUCCCGGCUGGCACAGGAGCUGCGGGUCCUGAGGGAGCUGAAGACCCAGCUGGAGAACGCCAGGCAGCAGGGCCAGAGAGAGCUGCCGGCCUGGGUCCAGGAAGACGAGCGCUUCCGCCUUCUCCUCAAACAGGCCGAGAUACAGACUCGGGAGGAGCAGCUGCAGGAGAAGCGGGUGGAGAAGAUGAUGAGGGCAGCAGCCAAGGGCGUCCACAAGAUCAGGGGCCAGAGCUGCAACGAGGUCCCCAAGGUCCAGACCUUCAGAGAGAAGAUGGCGUUCUUCACACGAGCAAAGACCAGCAUCCCCCCUGCCGGCUUGAUGACGUAGAGAAGCAUUUCAGAAGUACCCCUACCCCCCUGUCCCCCCCCACCCACACCCCCCCACCCCCUCCCCUCCCUCCGAGUCUUAACCUGCUGUUUCCCAUAGAAAUGAAGCAACCGUUCGGCGGUGUUAUGAAGAAUUAAAAAAAGAAGACUACAAUAUGUUUUAGUAAAUAAAACUCUCAAAUCCGUGGGGGGAAAAACACACAUUUUUAAAGAGCUCAGCAUUUCUAAUGUGGAUAGUCUUUGUUUGGUAAUUAGUGAUAGCACUGAUAGUUUUUUUUAUUAUUCUACUCUCUCUCUCUCUCCGUUUAUGGCGUGUUUCUGUUACUAACCGGCUGUUUAUAGGCUUCAUUAGGUGUUUAAAAAAAUCAUUCCAGCACAAAGUCACACAGCUGCACAUGUCCAUACAAAGACAUUUGUACUAAAAUGAAAUAUUUGGACAAAAACAAAAAAAAAAAUAUAUAUAUAUGUAUGUAUAUUGAUAGCACAAAACAAUAUCAAACAAUGGUACUCAAGCAAAAUAAGCAACUUAAGCUGUCGACAAAAGAAAUAUCCAAACCGAAGAGAUAUUUAAUAUUUUUUGGGGUUUUUUUUAGAGCGUUUUGUACGCACCCAAACAUGAGCACACCUGGAGCUUGUCUGAUGUGUACGACAACAACCGCACAGAUGGUUGCACAUGAGCAUCGUCUGCUUUACAAACACGACUCUCGACUCUCGAUUUAGGUCGAAAAGUAAGAAGUCGUUACGAUUGUUUCUCACCAGUUAAACACACACACACACACACACACACACACACACACACACACACACACACUCAGCAAAGUGUAGGAACAGCACUAACUCUCACUAACACUCAGGUAGUUGAUCGGCUAGUCUGCACUUUAAGGAACUUGAGGUAGAAGU